AUGAAUGAUCUGCCUGAAAAUAGUGUUACCAAUGAGACUGCAGACAUCGAGACCUUGGAUUAUUUACGUGGUGUGAAAUCGUCAACAUGCCUUCUUCUUCCUACGACUCCAAGCCCUACACCUCUCGACUUCAAGCACCCCCUCUCCGAAGAAAUGACUGAACAACCGUUCUUGGCCAUCAGCAAUGACAAUAAUCUGGUCAAUUCUCAAAAUUCAGAUGCUUCAGCUGGCGAUUCAAGUUCAUCAGCAGAUUCCAACUCAGUAGUUCAAGACCCAGUCAGUGCACAGCUUAUCAAUAAUAUCAGUAUGCUGGAUUAUCAGACUUUGAGUAAAAAUGGAGAUUUAAUUGUAGGACCGGUGGAAGACGGAAAACUUAAUGGCAAUUUGAGUAUUAGCAACAGGAAAUUGCCCAGUUUUGUUAAUUGGAACUGGGGGAUCAUUAGGAAAGUCCUGCUUUGGAUCGUAAUAUCUGCACUCGUGGCCUGUAUGAGUGCUAUCAUUGCGAUGGUGGUUACUAUUCCUAAAGAAUGUAAUCCGAACUUGCCUUGGUAUCAAGGUAAGGUAUUUUAUGAAGUCUUUCCAGCAAGCUUUCAGGAUUCUAACAAAGACGGGACAGGAGAUUUAGAAGGCUUGAUAAAAAAACUUGAUUAUAUACAAGAGCUUGGAGCUACGGCUCUACACCUCAAUUACAUUUUUAAAGCUGACAACUAUCCAGCGCAAUAUUAUAAUGUAUCCUCUUCAGUAGAAGUUGACAGAAGUUUAGGUUUACUUGAUGAUUUCGAAGAUCUAGUGCAUAAGGUACAUCGUCGAAAUAUGUCAAUAAUCCUCGACAUACCUGUUUCAUCUCUGGCAAACACGUUCACGUUUUCUAAUUCAACGCUUGAGAUGUUAUUGAAUAGUAAAGGUUUUGUUACCGAUUUUGAUUCUACAUCUCUUGCGCUGGCAUUUUGGUCCCAUAAGUAUAAAGUAGACGGAUUUUAUUUGAAGAAUCUUGAGAAUUUCGUACAGGAUAUUAAUUUCGGAAAAAGCUUACAGUUUUGGAAACAUAUAAUAGGUGCCGAUAGAAUUUUUAUUGCAAGUGAACAAACGUAUGAAUUGGCGAAAGGUGAAGCUCUAAAUAUUUUGCUUUCUAGGAUUGAUUUAAUUGAUAUUCAUUUAGAUAUGAAAGAAGGCAUUAACGGUUUGAAAAAUCGUAUUAACAAAGUUGUCACCGGUAAUUUGUGGGCGAAACCGCAUUACCCUUGGGUUCAUUGGAAUAUUGGUAAUAUUGGAAGCGAAAGGAUAUCUUCCAAACACGCAAAUAAUACGUUAGCUCUUAUUGCACUUGAAUUAGCUUUGCCUGGUACUGUUAGUAUUUUUUAUGGAGAUGAGAUUGGUUUAGGCGGGUUAUCUGCUGACAGUAUAGAAGUAGAUUUCCAUGAACAUAAAGAUAUUCAUAAUUUAGUUCCAAUGAAGUUUGCUAAUAGCGAUAAUGGAAAUAAUAUAAUCUUACCUUGGAACUCUGAGCCGACACUUUAUCCAAAAUAUCACUUCUUAGAAGUAAUAAAAAUGUUAACUGAUGUGAGAUUAAACACUCCCACAAUAUAUUUGAGGGCUAUAUUUAAAGAGGGCAAUAUAUUAAAAAAUAUGGAGAUUCGUAAAACUCAAGAAAAUUUAGUGGUGAUUGAGCGUUGGUACCCUCGCAGAAACACUUGCGUUUUUGUAGGAAAUUUAGGAAAUCAAUCAAUUACUACUGAUUUGUCGUCAAUGUUUUAUGGUGGAACCGUUGUUGCUGGAACAAAUACUUCCUUAGUAGGUCAAGUUAUAUUCUUUGAUCAGGUAACGUUUCCACCCAAUUCUGCUAUUAUACUAAAGUUAGAAAAGUAA